AUGCGCAGUUUCUACGACAGGGAUGUGCCGUUUGCGCUGGAUCGGUUGGAGGAGAUCCGAAACGGCAUUGAGAAGCAGGUCGAGGCGUAUGAGAAGGUACAGAAGGAGCAAAAGAGACUCGAGCGUGCUCGAGUGAAGGCUCAAUUGAAAGAAAAAGAAGAUGCGAAGAAGAAAGCUCUGUCGGCAGCAUCGUCGAUUCAGAGAUCGCACUUCGGGACUGACUCAAGGUCGACAACUGGCCCCUCGACCCGCUCGUCAGCUCCUGAUGACGAUGAUAGGUCGUAUUUAGAGACUUUGGCGUCUUUGCGAAGACUCAAAGUCCAGAAUGAGAGAGGUGAUUCAACUGCCAGUGACCGAAUCGGGUCGUGGUCGACUGUGUCGUAUCCAACGAUUCCUGAUCGUACUGUGUCACUUUCCCACUCGUCUACCCCAUCAGGCUCGUCGACUCCAUUAUCAAUUCCAGGAGCCUUUCCCGGCAGUCCACCUCCCGUUCCACCUAAAGAUUAUAAUGCCACAAGUGUCAGCAGCAGUACAAUAAGUUCUAACACUAAGGGCACAUCGACAGCAUCAAGUACUGUGGCAGCACCACCAUCUAUAGAACACAAAAACCGAUAUUCCACUGAAGGAGGUACUGGACUAAGAACUACGUUUCUGCCACGAGGAUUGAAGGAUACUUUCUUGCAAAUCGCCAAGAAAAAUACCAUGCGAAAUCUCGAAACAUGCGGUAUUCUGUGCGGAAAACUGAAUCGCAACGCCUUUUUCAUCAACUAUCUGGUGAUUCCUGAGCAGGAGUCGACUUCUGAUACCUGUUCGACCACUAAUGAGGAAUCGCUGUUCGAGUUUAUUGACGAGAACGAGCUGUUUGUGCUGGGAUGGAUUCAUACGCACCCGACUCAGACCUGUUUCAUGUCGUCCAUCGACCUCCACACCCAGAACUCGUACCAGAUCAUGCUCCCAGAAGCAGUGGCCAUUGUAUGUGCCCCCAGCCAACAGCCGUCUUUCGGAGUAUUCCGGCUCACUGACCCUCCUGGCAUCGACAUCAUCAAAAAGUGCCGCCAGUCAUCGACUUUCCACCCUCACCGCGAACCAGACCUCUACAAAACUGCAUACGACCCCGGCCACCUCCUCAUCCGGGACGACCUCCCGUUCAAAACGAAGGACUUGCGCCAGCUAUAA